CUAAUAUUUUUAAAAAUGUUACUUUUAUUCAUUAUUAGUAUUAUUAUUAUAUUAAUAUUGUUUCGCAGUUAUCUUAACCGUAAUUAUAACUAUUGGUCGGACAGAGGCCUAAACGGACCGAAACCCUGGAUAUGGUUUGGCAAUACAUUGGAGGAAUUGUUUCGUCCGAUUUCGGUCAUCGAUAGAGAGAGACGUCAAAAAUAUGGACCAACUUAUGGUAUUUUUGAAUCAAAUGAGCCAAUUAUGAUGACAUCGGAUCCCCAGUUAAUCAAAAAUAUUUUGAUCAAAGAUUUCAAUAUAUUUCGCAAUACAAGACCAGCAUUGCUAACACCCAGCGAUCAUCCAAUCUAUCGGUAUGUUAUCGACAAUACGGGCGACGAUUGUUGGCUACGAAUGCGAUCGGUUAUUAGGACACUGUUUACCGAUCAGAAACUCCGAGCAAUGGCCAAAAAUAUUGACAACAAUUUAGUAGAUUUAACCAAUUCAUUGGACAGGCUAUUGGUUGAUCAGUCGACUACUGGUGUCGACAUUAGACAGUUGUUUGUCAAUCAGUCGAUUGAUUUGAUGGGUUCGGUAAUGUUUUCGUGGAAACCAAAUUCAUUCAAUGAGCCUAACAAUAAAAUUACCCGGCUAAUGAAACGUUUAUUUUUUCCAUCAAAAUGGCGUAUAUUAGCCAAUCUAGUACUACCAAAAUUUAUGCUACAAGUGCUUAAUAUGUCUAAUAUUAUAUCUACCGAAGCGCUCGACGUAUUCGCUAAGCUAACAGUCGAUGAGUAUAGUAAACGUCAGACGUCUGUGAGCACCGAUACCUACGAAGACUUUUUUCAAUCGCUGCUCAACCGAUGUCCGGAAUUUAUGGGCGAAUCGUCGGACAAUAAAACAGUCGGACAGUCGGAAAUGUCAAAAAUUGAUCAAAUGAUGAGCAAAGAUGAAGUGGUGGCCAAUAUGUUCUCCUUAUUUCAGGGAGGGUUUGACGGCCACUCGCUAUCCAUGACAUUCAUUAUCUACGAGUUGGCCAUCAAUCCCGAGUGUCAGCAAAAAGUCUACGAAGAAAUUAUGACCUGUUAUCGGGAUCGGGAUUCCGAUAACAGCAGCAAUAAUCGUACGACAAUUGACGGCCAGUUGUUUGAUUGGGAAUCACUGGUCAAACUGGACUAUUUGGAUGCCUGUAUAUCGGAAGCAAUGAGACUGCACGCGGCUGUCAAUAGAGACGGACGGGUAGCCAAUCAGGACUAUACAGAUGCGACAACCGGUGUUACCAUCGAAAAGGAUCAGGUAAUCCAGUUUUCACGAUCAGCAGUACAGCGCUCUGCAGAUUACUACCCGAUGCCCGACCAGUUCAUACCCGACCGGUUCCUCAAACAUAACAGACACCAAUUGAUUGACUCGGCGUAUCUGCCGUUUGGUUUGGGCCGUCGUAUGUGUCCCGGCUAUAGAUUUGGACUGAUGGCCAUCAAAUUGACCAUGGCACAUUUGUUGAUGCGCUACAAGUUUUUAAAGCUAAAUAAUAACCAAACCGUAUUCAAAACCAAUCCGAUUGUCGAACACUAUACCUAUUGUCCAGAAAUGUUGUUAUUGAAAAUUGAAAAACGGACAGUUAAUUAA